AGCAUAAUUUCUUUUUAUAAUAGUAAAAACUUUAAUUAAUCUAAUAAACAAUUAAUUACUUGGCCGGUGGCGUGACGCGUGCAAGUUCAUUAAUUUUUCCUUCUCGGCGUUCUCGCACCGAGUCUUCCACCCUCCCCAGACGUAUAUAUCUUUAAAUAAAACUACAAUCAUCUAAAUAUUUUAACAAUUUUCUGCUCAACAAUUCUGAAAAUCCCCAAAAUUAAGAAAUGCAGGAAGACGAUCGCGUGAAGGAGCUCCAGGCUUUCGAGGCCACAAAAGCCGGCGUGAAAGGGCUAAUCGACGCCGGCAUCCAGAAGGUUCCGAGAAUGUUCAUCAGGCCAGCCGAUGAGCUCGUGGAGGAGCUCAACUGCGCGCGCUCGGCUCUGCAAGUUCCGGUGAUAGACCUCGGCCGGAUCGGAGAAGGCGAUCAUCGCGAGAAGGUUGUCGGCGAGGUGAGGAGGGCGUCGAAGGAGCUCGGGAUCUUCCAGAUCGUGAAUCACGGUGUGGCUGUGGAGGUUAUGGAUGCGAUGCUCGACGGCGUGAGGAAGUUUCACGAGCUAGAUGCGGAGGUGAAGAAGCAGUUCCACUCGCGCGAGUCUAUGCAGAAGGUCAAGUAUGCGAGCAACGUCGAUCUGUACCGGUCGCGCGCCGCGAAUUGGAGGGAUUCGUUGACGAUCUCGCUCAUGGGCUCCGAUCGUCUUCCGCCGGAGGAGUUGCCGGAGAUUUGCAGGGACUCAACAAUCAAGUAUCUUGAUGAAGUCACGAGCCUUGGAGAAACUCUAUUUGAGCUACUCUCCGAAGCUCUUGGCCUCAAACGAGGUUACCUAGGAGCCCUGAAAUGUGGCCAAGGACGCACCUUCAUUGGCCACUACUACCCUCCGUGCCCUGAGCCGGAGCUCACGAUGGGCACGGCCACUCACACCGACCCUUCUUUCCUAACAAUUCUUCUACAAGAUCAAAUCGGAGGCCUCCAAGCUUUGCACAAUAAUCAGUACAUAAAUGUGGAGCCUCUACCUGGUAGCUUGGUUGUCAACAUUGGAGAUAUGUUGCAGAUUGUGUCAAAUGAUGAGUUCAUAAGCCCGGAUCAUAGAGUUGUAGCCAAUCGGGCCGGGCCAAGAAUCUCGGUUGCGGGCUUGUUCACGGGCGAUGCUCUUUCUGGGACGAUAUACGGCCCGAUCAAAGAGCUGAUAUCGGAAAACAAUCGCGCAAGAUACAAAGAGUUGACAGUGAGAGACUACAUUUCAAAGUUUUUUACGCGGCCAAUUGAUAAAUCUGGUCUUGAUGAGUUCAGGUUAUUACAAGAUGAAGACAAUGUCCAAAUUUUAUCUCUUUGUGCUGACACUUUGUGAUUUACUCUUAGUUUCCCGUGGAUUAAAUCAAUAAUGACAAUGUAAUAAUGACUGUAUACACAAAUUUUAUGUAUUUAACUUAAUAAAGAUAAAAUUGCGUACAA